AAGUGACGCUGAGAAGACUGUUUUGUUGAGAGAGAAAGAAGAAGAAACUCACACUGUUAUUAUUAACAGAAAAAUAAAUAAACAAAACUACCCUUUCUCUCUCCCCUCUCUCUCCUCUCUCUCUCCUCUCUCGCCAUUGUCGAACAUUUCAAUUCGUUUAAUUGUACAGUAAUAUUUACCUGAUUUCCUACUAUAUUUCGCCCAUUUAUAUCUAUUUAAUUUCAUUAAUUAUCAUUAUACUUUUCGCAAAUUAUCAUUUUCGUAAUUCAAUCUUUUUGUUAUCCCUAGAAUUUAGUAUGAUUACGUGAUCCGAUCUUACCACAUUGCUUUUCUGCAAUUCGAAGUCCUAAUUUCCGAUUAAUUGGGGAAAUUUUGUUGAAGAUCGGUUUAUACUCUUUACCAGUUCGUCGAAGGUGGAAAAUCUCACCGUAAUAUUGUUAUUAUUUGGUGGAGGUGGAUUAAGUAAAUUUGUAUAACUGGCGUUGUUAAUGCAAAUGCCAAAUCCCUUAUCCUCUGAAUCAGGAGAGCUCGUAUCGACUUCUCGACAGAGGGAACCGAAUGGAGCAGCACAAUUGGAUGAGGAGGAAACAAUGGCUACAGUUGCUCGACUUAUAGAGCAGCUGCAUGCCAACAUUUCUUCACCACACGAGAAGGAACUUAUAACGGUACGGUUGCUCAGUAUUGCUAGAAAAAGGAGGGAUGCAAGGACAAUUAUUGGUUCCCAUGGCCAAGCAAUGCCGUUAUUCAUAUCUAUACUCAGGGCUGGUACUCCUGGAGCUAAGGUGAAUAUUGCUGCAACUCUAAGUGUCCUCUGUAGAGAUGAAGACUUAAGGUUAAAGGUGCUUCUAGGUGGCUGUAUUCCUCCGUUGCUUUCACUUUUGAAGUCAGAUUCAGUCGAGGCUAGGAAGGCAGCCGCUGAAGCAUUAUAUGAAGUGUCUGCUGGUGGAUUAGCGGAUGAUCAUGUGGGUAUGAAAAUAUUUGUCACUGAAGGUGUUGUCCCAACCCUAUGGGAGCAGCUAAAUCCAAAGAAUCAGCAGAACAAGGUAGUAGAAGGCUUUGUGACGGGGGCCUUGAGAAAUCUUUGUGGUGACAGGGAUGGCUAUUGGAGAGCUGCACUUGCAGGUGGUGGAGUGGAUAUCAUUGUGGGACUUCUAUCUUCUGACAAUGCAGCUUCCCAGUCCAACGCUGCUUCACUUUUGGCCCGUCUGAUGUUAGCAUUUAGUGAUAGCAUACCGAAAGUAAUUGAGUCUGGAGCUUUUAAAGCUUUGCUCCAACUUGUUGGUCAGGAAAAUGAGGUUUCUGUCCGUGCAAGCGCCGCUGAUGCUUUGCAGGCGCUUUCUUUAAACUCAGAUGCAGCUAAGAAAGCAGUGGUCGAUGCGGGUGGUGUUCCUAUUCUUAUUGGCGCUAUAGUUGCUCCUUCUAAAGAAGGUAUGCAAGGGGAGUUUGGUCAGGCUCUUCAAGGACAUGCCACAGUAGCUUUGGCUAAUAUAUGUGGUGGAAUGUCUGCUUUGAUCAAAUAUCUUGGAGAACUUGCCCAGUCUCCUCGGUUAGCUGCUCCAGUUUCUGACAUAAUUGGAGCACUGGCAUAUUCUUUGAUGGUCUUCGAACAGAAAUCGGCUAUUGAAGAAGAACCAUUAAAUGUAAAACAGGUAGAAGACAUACUGGUGACACUGCUAAAGCCCUGUGACAAUAAGCUGGUCCAGGACCGUCUACUUGAAGCUAUGUCCAGUCUCUAUGGAAACAUGUAUCUCUCAAAAUGGCUUAACCAUGCAGAAGCGAAGAAGAUACUUACUGGCCUGAUAACAAUGGCUGCUCUUGAAGUGCAGGAACACCUGAUUGUUUCUCUCACUAGUUUGUGCACAGAUGGAUUAGACAUAUGGAAUGCCAUCAAAAAGAGAGAAGGAAUUCAGUUGUUAAUAUCAUUGUUGGGGUUAUCCAGUGAGCAACAUCAGGAGCAUGCUGCUCAGCUACUGGUGAUAUUAACUGAUGAAGUGGAUGAUAGUAAGUGGGCUAUUACUGCUGCAGGAGGGAUCCCUCCACUAGUGCAGCUUUUAGAGGUAGGAUCUCCAAAGGCUAGGGAGGAUGCAGCUCAUGUUUUGUGGAAUCUGUGCUGUCACAGUGAAGACAUUCGUGCAUGUGUUGAAAGUGCUGGAGCUGUCCCAGCUUUUCUAUGGCUUCUGAGAAGUGGUGGACCAAAAGGGCAAGAAGCAUCUGCCAAAGCACUGAUGAGGCUUGUUCGGACAGCUGAUACUGCAACCAUCAAUCAGCUGCUUGCUAUGCUUCUGGGUGAGUCUCCAACCUUGAAAGGGCACAUUAUCAAGGUUUUGGGUCAUGUGCUUGGUAUUGCUUCACACAAAGAGCUUGUACAGAGGGGGAGUCUAGCUAACAAAGCACUAAAGUCCCUUGUUCAAGUGCUUAAUUGCUCAAAUGAAGAAAAUCAAGAGUGUGCAGCUUCUGUUCUCGCUGAUCUCUUUAGUUCUAGACCAGAGAUUUGCGAUAGUCUUGCAACUGAUGAGAUUAUUCAGCACUGCAUGAAGCUUUUGACUAGCAAGACACAACUUGUGGCUACUCAGUCAGCUCGAGCCUUAGGUGCUCUGGCACGACCUACAAGGACGAAAAGUUCAAACAAGAUAUCUUGUAUAUCCGAGGGAGAAGUCAGGCCUCUAAUUAAGCUUGCCAAAACUUCUUUUAUUAAUGCUGCUGAGGCCGCUGUUGCUGCUCUAGCCAAUCUUCUCUCUGAUACUCAGAUUGCAUCUGAAGCUCUUGCUGAAGAUGUUGUAUCAGCUUUGACUAGAGUAUUGGGAGAAGGUACUGCAGAAGGCAAGAAAAAUGCAUCACGUGCGAUAUACCAGUUACUGAAGCACUUUCCAGUUGGGGCUGUGCUGAAAGGGAAUUCUCAAUGCCGUUUUGCUGUUCUUGCUCUUGUUGAAUCAUUACAUACGAUGGAUCUGGAUGAGAUUGGUGCGGCAGAUGCCUUAGAAGUUCUUUCACUAUUGGCUAGAACAAAACAGAGGGCUAAUUUUACACAUCAACUCUGGUCUACCCUUGCUGAAGUUCCUUCAAGCUUAGAACCUCUUGUUCAUUGCCUAGCUGAAGGGCCUUCUGCAAUCCAAGACAAGGUGAUCGUAAUUCUUUCUAGACUUUGUGGAGAUCAACCAGUGGUGCUAGCAGACAUGUUGAUUGCUAAAUCAAAGACUAUUACUUCUCUAGCGAAAAGAACGAUGAGUUCGUCUUGCUUAGAGGUUAAAGUUGGAGGGACAGCAUUACUUACUUGUGCUGCAAAAGAGCACAAGAAGCAGUCAAUGGAUUUACUUGAUUUGUCAGGAUAUCUAAGACCCCUGAUGAGUUCGUUAGUUGGCAUGAUAAGGCAGAAUUCUGGCUGUUGUUCAUUGGAAAUUGAAAUAAGAACUCCCAAAGCCUCCAGACGAAGAACAUCAUUUCAAGAAGAUGAUGAGUAUGGGGUUCCUGAUCCAGCCUCUGUUUUGGGAGGUACAGCUGCCUUGUGGUUGCUAUCCAUUUUGUCUUCUUUUAAUGUGGAAAAUAAACAUGUUGUGAUGGAAGCUGGAGGGGUAGAAGUACUUUCCGAGAAGCUCACAAGCUAUACUUCCAACCCACAGGCAGAGUUUGAAGAUGCCGAGGGUGUGUGGAUCAGUGCUCUGCUCCUCUCUAUACUAUUCCAAGAUGCAAGUGUUGCUUGUGACCCUGCAGUUGUCCGUGUCAUACCUUUGCUUGCACUGAUGCUGAAAUCUGAUGAAAUGAUUGACAGGUUCUUCGCCACUCAAGCAAUGGCUAGCCUUGUCAGCCAUGGGAAUAAGGGGAUUAUCACAACAAUUGCAAACUCGGGUGCAGUUGCUGGUUUAGUGACCCUAAUUGGUUAUGUGGACACAGACAUGCCAAACCUAAUCUCCUUGACUGAAGAGUUUUCUUUGGUAAAGAAUCCUGAGCAAGUUGUCUUGGAGCACCUAUUUGAGAUAGAAGAUGUAAGAGUGGGCUCAACUGCACGUAAAGCUAUACCAUUACUGGUCGAUCUUUUGAAACCAAUGCCAGAUAGACCUAGUGCACCUCCAAUUUCGGUCCACCUAUUAACCCUAAUUGCAGAUGGUAGUGAUACAAAUAAACUGAUAAUGGCAGAAGCAGGGGCUUUGGAAGCUCUACCGAAGUAUUUGUCAUUGGGUCCUCAAGACAUCACCGAAGCUUCUAUUUCUGAGUUGUUGAGGAUAUUAUUCACCAAUUCAGAGCUCCUCAGGCAUGAAGCUGCUAUUAAUUCACUCAGCCAGCUCAUAGCUGUUCUACGCUUGGGGUCCAGAACUGCUAGGCUCAGUUCUGCGAGGGCUCUGCAUGAACUUUUUAAUGCCGAAAAUGUCAGAGAUUCUGAAUCUGUAAAUCAGGCCAUUCAGCCUCUGGUUGACAUGCUUGAUGCUACAUCUCAUUCUGAACAAGAGGCUGGUCUUCUUGGACUGCUAAAGUUGACUUCAGGAGACACUCCAAAGGCGAAUUUAUUGACAGAUAUCGAAGGAAAUCCACUGGAAAGUCUCUGCAGGAUUUUGUCUUCUGCGUCAUUGGAAUUGAAAAUGAAAGCUGCGGAGUUGUGUUUUAUUUUGUUCAGCAAUCCAAAAUUAAGGUCGGCACCUGUUGCCACUGAAUGUAUACAGCCCCUUAUAUCGCUGAUGAGAUCUGAUACUGAUUCAGCAGUAGAAUCUGGUGUCUGUGCUUUUAACAAAUUGUUGGAUGAUGAACACCAGGUGGAGAAUGCAUCAGCAUAUGAUGUUGUGGAUCUCCUUGUUUCCUUGGUUUCUGGGUCCAACUAUCGACUUACUGAGGCCAGCAUAUGUGCUCUGAUUAAGCUGGGUAAGGACCAAACUCCUCGCAAGCUAGAUAUGGUCAAUAGUGGAAUUGUUGAUAAUUGCCUGAAAAUUCUGCCUGUUGCUCCGAGCUCUCUUUGCUCAACAAUCUCAGAGCUGUUUCGCAUUUUGACUAACAGUGGAGCAAUUGCUAGAAGCUCAACAGCUCCAAGAAUUGUGGAACCACUAUUUAGUGUUCUGCAACGUCCUGAUUUCAGUAUGUGGGGACAGCAUAGUGCCCUGCAAGCACUUGUGAAUGUACUGGAGAAACCACAGAGCUUGACAACUUUGGAACUCAGUCCUAGCCAAGUCAUUGAACCGUUGACAUCAUUUCUAGAAUCACCUUCUCAAGCAAUCCAGCAACUGAGCUCUGAACUAUUAUGUCACCUUCUUGCUCAAGAGCAUUUCCAGCAAGAUAUAACGACUAAAGCUGCAAUAAUUCCUCUUGUACAGAUUGCAGGAAUCGCAAAUUUAAAGUUACAGCAAACUGCUGUCAAAGCUCUGGAAAAGAUUUCUCUGAUUUGGCCGAAAGCAAUUGCAGAUGCUGGAGGUAUAUUUGAGCUUUCCAAAGUCAUUAUACAGGAUGAUCCUCAGCCACCUCAUUCGUUAUGGGAAUCAGCAGCACUGGUCCUAUCUACUGUGCUACAUGUGAGCGUAGAGUAUUACUUUGAGGUGCCUCUGGUGGUUCUUGUGAAAUUGUUGCACUCGUCACAGGAAAGCACUGUCAGUGUGGCUCUUAAUGCUCUCAUUGUUCAGGAAAGAAAUGAUGGUCGCAGUGCUGAAUUAAUGGCUGAGGCUCGAGCUAUAGAUGCUCUCUUAGACCUUCUAAGAUCACAUCAAUGUGAGGAAACAGCUGGGAGAUUGCUGGAAGCGUUAUUUAACAAUGUGAGAGUUAGAGAGAUGAAGGUCACUAAAUAUGCAAUUGCACCUUUAUCGCAGUAUCUCCUUGAUCCUCAAACCAGAUCCCAACCUGGCAGACUACUUGCAUCUUUGGCUCUCGGUGACCUCUCACAACAUGAAGGGCUUGCUAGAGCAAGUGAUUCUGUUUCUGCAUGUCGUGCCCUAAUAAGUUUGUUGGAAGACCAGCCAACUGAGGAAAUGAAAAUGGUCUCUAUAUGUGCACUGCAGAAUUUUGUCAUGCACAGUAGGACAAAUAGACGUGCUGUUGCAGAAGCAGGUGGCAUUCUUGUUGUUCAGGAGCAACUAUUAUCCUCUAACUCAGAUGUUGCCAUCCAGGCAGCUUUGUUGAUUAGGUUUCUCUUCUCAAAUCACACACUUCAGGAAUAUGUAUCGAAUGAGCUCAUAAGAUCUCUGACAGCUGCAUUGGAGAGAGAACUGUGGUCUUCAGCAACAAUCAACGAAGAGGUUUUAAGAACAAUAAACGUGAUAUUCACUAACUUCCCUAAGCUUCACAUAUCUGAAGCUGCAACUUUGUGUAUUCCUCAUUUGGUAGCAGCUCUAAAAUCUGGAAAUGAGGCAGCCCAGGAAUCUGUACUAGACACCCUAUGCUUGCUCAAACAUUCGUGGUCAACCAUGCCUAUUGAUACUGCUAAAUCACAAGCUGUUGUUGCUGCUGAGGCAAUCCCAAUCCUGCAAAUGUUGAUGAAAACUUGUCCUCCGAGUUUCCAUGAGAGAGCAGACAGCUUGUUGCAUUGCCUACCAGGGUGUUUGACUGUCACAAUAAAUCGUGGUCACAACUUGAAGCAGGCUAUGGGAACCACAAAUGCUUUCUGUCAAUUGACAAUAGGCAACGGUCCUCCGCGGCAAACCAAGGUCGUGAACCAUAGCAUCUCUCCAGAGUGGAAAGAAGCCUUUACAUGGGCAUUUGAUGUGCCACCAAAGGGACAAAAACUCCACAUCAUAUGCAAAAGCAAGAACACUUUUGGAAAGGCGACUCUUGGUAGAGUCACCAUUCAAAUCGAUAAGGUGGUGACAGAAGGCGUCUACAGCGGAUUAUUCAACCUUAAUCAUGACAGCAAUAAAGAUGGAUCCAGAAAACUCGAAAUCGAGAUUAUGUGGUCCAACAGAUUAUCUAAUGAUAUUAUGUAAACAAGAAAUUGUUAUAGAAGGAAGUUCUAUGAAGCGAGCGAAGUUGCAGCGAUGCUACCAGUGAAGUAUUGGUGGUUUGCUGUCCCUGUAAAUCCAGAAGGUUCCUUGCCUUGUAUGUACUCUCCUCUAGUCCCCUUUACAGUAAUCAUUUUUGUAGCGAAGGUUUUGUUGCCUAUAUAGAAUGUAUAAUCUUCAUAAAAAAUGUUGAGGUGAGAACAAUCCACAUUUCCUGCAGUGCGAGGAAAUUUUAAAAAGUUUCAGAAGUUGGUUGUACAGCUGAGUUUUAGGUGCUAGGAAAUCCAUGUAUCUGAAAAUUGUCCAGAACAUAUAUUCUUGAAAUUAUGAAGAAAAAGAAAAGGAGAGAAUGUAUCAUUUGCCUUUUUAUUAAAUACUGGCGAUCUGAUCCAGCAAUUUUAUGGUGAGGAUUGUCUUUAGUUGUACUUGUAUUUUCCCCCUUAGCAACUUGUUUAUGUAUAAAACAGCCAAAUUAAUGGUUGUAUUGUUCAAAGAAAGCAAUGCACAUGGUAUUACGUGUUUUUAAUCUUC